CUUAUUCAAACAUAGACAAUGGGUUCUACUAGUAGCCAUGGCAAUACAAGUUUGUUGUUGUUGCUAUUGUUUUCAGUUCUGGUUUCCAAUUGUUCAUCGUUGACGACAGUGCAAAUACAGAAUGAUAUCGACGAUGAUAAUAUUUCAUUGGAUAUGCAUUGCUGGUCAAAAAAUGACGAUCUGGGUCAACGCUCGCUCUAUAAAGGUGACGAAUGGCACUGGGAGUUUCGCGCAAUUGAAGGUUUAACAUAUUUCUGGUGUGAUUUUCGUUGGUACGAUAAUUUGAACUAUCAUUGGUUAGGUGGGACUUUCGAUGUUUACCGUUCCGGAUUCCCAAGAGACAAGUACAAAAAUGAGCUUUGUGGUACGGACUGCGUGUGGUCUGCUCGCCGAGAUGGAUUUUAUUUGUACCAAGACGAUAUAGAUGACUGGAACAAAAGAGAUGAAUGGCAUGUUGAAUGAAAUUUUAUUUGAUCCAUAAAAUCAGUCUGGAUAUCUUUUUUCUUCUACCUAAUAAAGGGUUCAUGGA